GCAUACAGUGCCCAGUUUAGCAGUUUGCUUGAAUGACCUAGCGGCGCCACAGAGGCAGGGGUAGGGCUGUAGACUAGUCUGUCAUCACACCGCGGUACCAGAGUCCGGAGAAAGACACGCGUAUAGGAGCAAAGACAGUGAGUGUGUCUAGAGAGAAUGGGAAAGGGAGAAACUGAGCGCAUAGGUCUACAGCAUCAGCAGCAUCUGAAAAAGCAGAGGCAAACGCACGGUGUGUCAUAUUCCUACGUAUAACAGAGGAGGAUGGAGACUUUCCCGUUGCGCCAGAGAUCUGGUCUGAUAAGAUUAUAUGUGUGUGGAUAGCCUACCGAAGGGAACAUGUGUUUGUGGAUAGCCUACCAAUAGGAACAUGUGUUUUCUGGAGUUUUGAGGACAGCGAAGGUCCAUCACCUUCAACUGCCCCGUCAAUCUAAUUUCAAGGAGCCACAUCAUAAGAAACUACCUGGAGAACUGGCAUUUUGGAGGAUAUGAUCAGUUUUGUUGUUAAAUUCAUGUAGCAAAACAAAAAACAAAACACGAUUUAAUCAUUUCUAUGUUUACCAGUAUGAUGAACUCUUUUUUUGAUUCUUCGCCUGCUGCUAUGAUUGCUACAAUUCCUGUCAGCGGCAUGUCCACUGCUGGGACGGGCGCUGUAACCAGUGCGCUUCGAAAUGAUUUGGGGUCCAAUAUUCAUGUCCUAAAGACUCUGAACCUGCGGUUUCGCUGUUUUCUUGCCAAAGUUCAUGAAUUAGAGCGGAGAAACAAAUUAUUAGAGAACCAACUGCAGCAAGCCUUGGAGCAACAACGAUACCAAGUAUACACUCGUGAAGUAGCUGUCCAAACCGACUCUCCUGAAUCCCGACUGCCUGGUACCAUUUGGAGUUUCACGCACGUGAGAAGACACGGAGAGCGCUAUGAGACUCUCCAGGGCCCUGGUGUAUCCUGGAAUCAUCCGGACGGUGUUGGGGUCCAAAUCGAUACCAUCACCCCAGAAAUACGAGCUCUGUAUAAUGUGUUGGCUAAAGUCAAACGAGAGAGAGACGAAUACAAGAGAAAAUGGGAAGAGGAGCUAAACAGACGAGAGCAGCUCGAGUCCUUGGUAGAAUCCAUGCAGGAGAGUGCCCAGGAGUCAGAGGAGAUCCAGGAUGAACUGAAUGAGAAGGUGGAGAGACUGAAGGCUGAGCUGGUGGUCUUUAAGAGCCUUAUGAGCGAUCAAAUGUCCGACAUGGACACUAAGAUCCAGGAGAAAGCCAUGCGGGUGGACAUGGACAUCUGCCGGCGCAUCGACAUCACCGCCAAACUAUGUGACGUGGCUCAGCAGUGCAACUCAGAGGACAUGUUAAAGAUGUUCAACGACAGCCCGGCCGGGAAGAAGGAGUGCAUGCCUGUGUCUGACGAGGACAGCUCUGAGAUGGAUGCAGACCCCAGCACAAGUACCUCAGAGGAGGAGGUCCCGCUCAACGUUACUGACGAAAUGAAACGCAUGCUCAACCAGCUGAGGGAGACGUUUGACAUUGAUGAUGACUGUGACAGCCUGACGUGGGAAGAGAAUGACGAGACCCUGUUGCUCUGGGAGGACUUCAACAACUACAACAUACAACCCGGUGCCAUCACCGCGGUCUCUCAGGAUGGAAGCCUGGGCAGCCUCAUAGAUGAGACAGAAUCACUAUUCAAGACCAGAGAGCAGGAGUACCAGGAGACCAUUGGCGCGAUUGAGAUGGAGCUAGCCACAGCGAAGAGUGACAUGAACAGACACCUGCAUGAGUACAUGGAGAUGUGUAGCAUGAAGCGUGGUCUGGACGUGCAGAUGGAGACGUGCAGGAGGAUGAUCAAAGGGGGCAGGAACUCUCCCUCCGUCAGUUCGGUGGCUAGCAGCAACUCAGGGAACACUGACGAGAUCCAGGACAAACUACUGGACAAGGAUGGACAGGCUGAGGUGCCAAUCACUUGAUAGCCUGGCUCCACCCCCUUCCUCCCCUGUUCACUGACAGCUGCUCACAGAGCUCCACUUUGCUUGGGGGCUGACCCCAGUGUUCUGUCCUGCUUGGCAUCUUUAGCCAAGGGUUACUGGUGGUCCUGAUGGUCCUAAUGGUCCUAUGGAUCUGGAUCACUGUCCCAGGCCCGGAACUGGUGCUUAUUGUCUCUGUUCUCACAGGAAUGGAGGGGGACGGGGUUCAUUUGCUUCACAAGUGUUUUAAGGCAGAGGUGGCACAUACAAUAUACUGUCUGAGCUGGGCUCUCUUCCACAGUGCUGCACAGGAACAUCCAGAAAAACAAUCAACAUGAUAAAACCAGUCAUUCUGGCUCACUAUUAGCAUAGUCUAAACAGUUCCACUGUCACGAUUGUCAUUCUAUUGGCCUGAGGCUGAACAGUCCAUUUGGUGAACAGGGAACAACAUGCACAACAUUAUUCACCAGUGAGAAUAUCUUUCCUUUUUUUUUUUAUAUCUAAUCACACAAAAAAAUCACAGAUCAAGAGCAGUCACAUUAUUUUGUACUCGCAUGUUCCCCAUAGAUGCAGAUUGAUCAUUCACAUAUACUGUACAUGUAAAUGUUCAAAUGGGGAUUGAAAUGUUCUCACCAAAGAGUCAAAGCUAAAAAAAAAUCAGUUCGACUGGACUCUCCACGGUUACCAGUGUUGACUGGGGAACGGAGCAAAGCCCUUUGCUGCAAUAAUGCAUUGUUCACAUUCUAUGCAAUUUAGCUAGCCUUAUUUCAGGAUAACCUUUGACCUUCAUUACCCCUCUUUUCCCUCAUGAUUUGCCUUUUUAAGCUGGGCAGGUGUGCUCCUGUGUGUUCUCCAAAGUAGAAGAGCAAUGGGAGGUGCAGAAUUAUCUCAAAAAAGGAAAACUCCCUAGUUUCCUUUGUCAAAGGCAUACCUUCUCCCCCUAUCCAUGUUAAUUUAGAGGCCGUAAACAUUUGAAAGUUAUCCAAAACAAUAUGGAACAAGGUGCCAGCAAACGUGCUGUUUUUGAUUUGAAUUGCCUUAUGCUUAUUACUAUCAUAGUAAGCUUCAGCUAACUUUAGUUAUUUUCCCUUAAAUGUAUCUAAUUGGUAGAACUAAGUUAUUGAUGGUCCCUUGGCCUACUCUUUGGUAAGUCCAAAGCAGUGGAAGCUGCUGAGGGGAGGAUGCCUCAUAAUAAUGGAUGGAACGGAGCGAAUGGAAUGGA